CCUCUUUCGUCUUUCAACCCCAGACAGCGUGGCGUCGCGCUCUUUUUCAAACGGUAAAAAAACUUUGAAGGCGGCAGACACUUGAUUCGUAAUUUCGCUUGGAAAGAUGUUCCGUGCACCUUCUUUGGGCCAUUCGGCCAGCGAUGACCAGGAAUUGGACCACAAUUUGAUGGAGCUGCAGAAGAAUCUGUCCUGCAUGCUGGAAUCCAACGAAAAUCUGUCGCAAAUGCCGGCUUCUUCGGUGUCCGAGGAUCCGUUCGAUAUGCCGAGCAGUUCGCCCUGCGUUCUGGCGGAGAUUCAAAAAAACUUCAGGGUGCUCCAACUGGACAAUAAUGCGCCACGCUUCGAGUUCCACGGCUUGGGUUGCAUGCAACAGCUUUCGAAGCGUUCCCGUAAAUCGGGUGGCGGCGGUGAUCCGCCCAAGAAAUCCAGGUCGAGCUGUUUCUACUCCCUGGUUUCCGGCCAGAAGCAGGAGCAACUGCAGCAGGAGAACAUUUGGAACAAGCAUUGCAAACAGGAAGUGACCUCUGUGCAGCACAUUACCAUUGAAAGGCUGCGUUCGAUUGGUCUUUACGGCGAUUGCCUGGAGCACAAUGCCGUAAUGCGUCUGAUGGAUCUGUUCAGGUCCCUGCAUGAUCACCUGACCGCCGAUUUGGGCUUUUCGCGCCAAAACUCAAUGCCCUCGGACUUUCUGUUUGAAAUGCCUGUGAGAAACCCGAUGCCCAAGAGUCUGAAUGUGCGCCACCAGCUUCAGGUGCUCUGCAGCAAAGUGGACAGAUUCCUGGGGCACCAGCGUCGCACACUAGAGACAAAUCGCAACUUCGACUACGACAAGUACACCGAGUGCGACAAGUUGCUUAAGGGAUCGGCCUCCUAUCUGCAGUGCUUCAAUCAUUUCCUAACCACCGAAAUGCGCCACCGACGCGGAAACUUUGUAAACAGUUUUGCCAAAUUUAAUGCCCAGCGCUUGGAGAGCUUGCUGAUCGGUCUGCGCGAGUGGCUCAAGGCCUCACAUCUCAGCGUGCACGUGUUCAAUUGGGAAAUGGAUCUGGAUCACCGGUAUUCGGCGGCCAUGACCGAAAGUCACAGGUCCUUGAACGAGCGGGCCAUUCUGCUGGCCGGUGCAGAGAGAAUGGCGGCAAGGCCCCGUGGACUCAGUGCGGAGGAGAUGCUUAUUGCCAAGAAAUACAAUCUGGAGAACGUGGUUCAAUGUGCCGCCGAGCAGGACGAGUUCCUCACCGCUCUGCUAGCCAAUCCUGAGACCUACUUCCCGCCCAAUGUUGUGGCUAUUUGCGCGCCAUCCAAGGUCGAAGUGGACAUGGAGGAAGAGUGGAUUGAGGAGUACGAGAUUGAAGAGGACGCACCAUCCUCACCGCCAAGACGCAACGAACGAGAGUUUCUACGCUUCAGAAGCUAAAUAGGUUCUGUAAAAAUCGAAGAAAUAAUAGUACCCAAAUGAUAAAAGAAUACCAAAUGCAGAGGCAACUAAAAAUGGGUUCUGACAAAUACUUUACAAACCUAAAAAGGGCAUCUGUGUAAUCCAAAGAGCAAAAAUCAAAACGAAAAAUGUUUGAUGUUAAUAUUUUAACACUUAAAUGUCUAAGUCAAAAAUGAUUUUGCCUCAAAAUGGCAUCCAAUUUCUACGUAUAGCAAUUAGUUUUAGCAUUUGUAAAAUCAAAAAGAAAACGAUUUAGUUAAAGUUUUACAUUUAUUUGUCAAAAAUUGGGUACCAAUUUGUACUAAUAUCAAUUACUUAUACAAGUCUGCAAAUAAUUUGUACACCUCAAUGACCCAAAAUCGAAAUGAAAACGAUUUUUUAUAAAUGUUUUAACAUUUAUUUGUCCAAGCGAACCGUAAAGCUAGUUUAUUUUAAUUGUUAAGUAUUAUAAUAAUCUUUCAGUGCCUGAAUCUAUUUUGCAACUACAUUUAAUUUGUAAGAGGAACUUGCCAGUGAAUUGUUGGCUUUUCGUUUGUAUUUUGAAAGUCAAAUAAAUAUUCACAUAACAGAUAU